GUGGCAAUCAUCGUGCGCUUAGUUUUAUCAAAAUCGCCAAUUAAAUCGGUUCGACGGCGGAACCGUCGGUGGCGUUCGGUUUUAACUUUCUUUUUUUUUCCUACUGUACAAAAAAAAGCGAUUUAAUUUAUAUUAGUGUAGUGCAACAUUCGUUCUUCUUUCUCUGAUGGAAAAAUAAUAUCGCCCUUUCUUUUACCUUCAUCGCUAUUAUCCUACGAGCAGCCUACACUAAGGAUAGUGCUGUGUGCGAAAAAAAGCCCACCGAACCGCAAGUGAGUGAAUGAAAGCCACCACACUCAGCUAGUGAGAGAGCGUGAGUGUGUGUGAGAGAGAGAUAGUGCUACACCAGCAAGUGAUUAAAAGCGGGAAAAGUUGGGAAAACGAAGAAAAAGCAUCCCCCUACACAUCCCCGGUCCGAAACCGGGAGAGCAAGAGAAGGUGGGGGAGCCCAUUGUGUUUGUGUGUGCGUGUGUGUGUGCGUGUGUGGUGUGCAGGUCCUGGCUGAUCGGGAGCGAAAAACAACGGCAGUGAGAGAGCGCUUGCUGUGAGUGAGCGUGUGAGAGCGAGCGCGUGGCUCUCGCCACAUGGAGGUCGAAUUUCGGUUGCCAGAGUGCUGAGUUUGUUCGCGCUUUUCCCGAAUCGAUUCGGAAGCCUAAAGUUUCAGCAAACGCAGUGUGACUACUAGCGUGGAAAAAGCAAAUUCUUUUGUAGGAAAGGUAUCACCCAGUGAAGUGAAAAUAAUACACGAAACAAAGUGGAAAAUUUAAGCGAGUGAAGUGAAGGAAGAGGGAUACACAACAAGCUCCCCUGUUUUUUGGGCUGUGCUACGGAAAGCUUUGUGCAGGGCGAGUCCUGUUUGAGGUUAUGGAGGCAGUGUAGUGAAAACGUCACGGAACGACUCCUGCAAACGGCGAGAUCGAGGCGCUUCCAUUCACAACUGUCGAAAGGGGUCUACAGGGGGUCUCAACCGGAGUACCACUACCCGUUCAACCCGACGGUGGACGGCUUGAAGGAUUAGUAGCAGAUUGUUGCAGACAGCUUCGUUGGACAACAGCACGGAUCUGCUGUGUUGUUAAUUUUUAAUGCGACCACCCAAAACCGCAGAAAAAUCAAACGUUCUUCCAUUCAAACACCAUUUAAACGUUUUAGUACAAUUGUACUAAAACCAACGCCGCAGUUCAUCUCUCGCUAGUUUGUGCACGAACGAUGAGCUUAUAAUCUACAGGACGGUGUUCAGCAAUAGAUGAGCAGCUGUUUGUCCCAUCGCUUUAACGUUACCCAUCGACCACCGGCGAAUCAACAGCACGAGCGCACGGACAGCGACGACGGUUCGAGCUAGUACGCAUUGUGCCCAUCGCCGACGCCACGUCAUGACCGGAUGUGAGGUAAUCCCGGAUCCGGUGACGCAGUGAUGCGGCGUGGGUGCAAUGCUUAUCUCGCCCGUCUCUGUUUCAGGAGUUACGAUGCAUGGGCUGAGUCACCUACAAACCGGCUCAACCCUGGAGGCGCUCACGCAGGCCACGAUCAUCCUCAUCCUAGCGGUCGCCAUCGUCAUCUCGAACCUCAUCGUAGUAGCUACAUAUCUUAACUUUAAGGGUCCCCAUGAGGUUAUCAACUAUUAUCUACUGUCGCUAGCAGUGGCCGAUCUGCUGUGCGGUCUGUUCAUCGUAUCGCUCUCGGUCUAUCCCGCAUUCAGUGGAGAAUGGAUCUAUGGGGAUGUGGUGUGCCGGAUGGUCGGCUACCUGGAGGUAACGCUCUGGUCCAUCUCGGUCUACACCUUCAUGUGGAUCUCGGUCGAUCGGUAUCUGGCAGUGCGGAAGCCACUGCGGUACGAAACGAUCCAAACCAAAACCAGGAAUGGAAGAUGCCAAUGCUGGAUGGCGUUCACGUGGAUCUCGGCAGCCAUGCUUUGCUGUCCACCGCUGCUCGGCUACAACGAGGCCAACUACAGUAAAACCACCAACAUCUGUAUGCUCGAGUGGGGCAACAUGGCGGCUUAUAGCGCAACGCUGGCAAUCCUAGUCCUGGGGCCGAGUGUCAUCUCGAUCGUCUACAACUACGGCUACAUCUUCACGAUGAUGCGCAAAGUGCGAUCGGGUGCACCGAUCCACGAUAAGGAGUACGCCACGGCGCUCGCCGAGAACCUAGCGAACCCCAGUCACUGCAUGUCGUUCGCAUUGGUGUUUUCCUUCUGGAUCUCGUGGGCACCGUACAUCGGGCUGCGGAUCUACGAGCUCGUCUCGGGGGAAACGAUCGACAAUCCGCUCCUACACUUCGGCGCGGUCUGGAUCGGCAUCCUCAACUCGUUCUGGAAGAUCAUCAUCAUGACGAGCAUGUCGCAACAGUUCCGGCUGCUGGUACGGUUGCUCUUCCUCACCAUCUGCUGCAAGACGAAGGGCCGGCUGCAGGCCGAACUGAUCGGGCUCGAUCCGGACGACUAGGGUUGGCACUUUUCUUCGCCAGCUUGCCAAGCUGCACCCGAACGAUCGUACAAUCACGUUUACAAAACUUUGUGCUAUUAACACGGACGGAUGACGACGGGGACGAUGAGGUGGCGCCCAACAGUUAGACUCGGGUGGCGACGCUCCAAAACUCCAAACUGCACGCUUUUAAUCGGCAGGGUAUCGAUAAGGUACGCUAGGCAACCUAGGCAACAUAGGCAAAAGCCGCUUAAAGGGCGUUAGGCAUCUUGAAGCAAAUCUGAAGCAUGUCUACGGGACCGGCUUCAGAAGCAGUAGGAGCAUUGUAUCUUACAUUAUACAAACAAAACUCAUUACCGUACUCUUCUAUAUACACAAUAUAAAUACGUGCGUGUUUAACCCCGGUUACCCGUUUUACUUCACGUAGGCUAUAUAGGAGAACGAUCUUUAAAAAUGCAUACAGCGCUAGAUCAGAUGGUAGAUCAGGAGGAAGGUACAAUGCUAGCUACUAUUACUACUACUACUACCACUACGACUACUACCACCACCACUACAACAACACCGAUUUGAACCGAUCUGCGUGUGCUGAUUAGCUGUUUGCUAGUUCGCUCUUUAGUGCACCGCUGUUUUGCGACCGCCGUUUGAUGGACGUUUGCUUGUCUAGAACGCGGCCGCAAACAUGCCGACAGCUGACAAAACAAAAAACCUUCAAUUACAUUGCUACAAACUGUGGGCUGUGGGUAAUUACCAGGCGAGAAAAAACAGGAGGAAAAUCGGGCAACCCUACUAUGACAAAACCGUGAACAAUCAAUCUUGUCUCGAAACGUAAAUAAGCUGAAAACGUACAUAAGUGGAGAAGUAAAAAUGUUUGAGUGUUUCCUACCAGGAAAACCAGGAUACUAACCUUUGAGUGAGACAGUCAGGCGGUGGCGUUUGUUUUUUUAUGGAGCACAUCUUGCCAUAAUGGCCGGCUCCACCAGUUCGACGGAAGGUGUUUGUUAAGGUUGAAGAGAAGAAAUUAAAUAAGUAAACCAAAAACCGAAGACACACACACACAAUUUCAGGGCUCACCAUCGAUACAUAUUGAUCGAAUCUAUAAGGUAUCGAAAUGAAAAGCACGAAGAAGAAGGAGAAGACAAAUUAAUAACAGCAUACAAGGGAAAAUACCGAAUAUAUGACAGAGUAGCGCAAAGCGCGAUACACAUUUAAGGUAAAAAAAAAAGCUACACUUCUUGCAAACACAUGCCAAAAGGAAAAACAAAGCAAAAGGCAAUAAAUGGGAAUGCUCUUGUAGUGUAAUAAGUAAAGGAGAAAAAGAUACAAAAGCAGAAAUAAUUAGCCGCUAUUAUGAAGCAAGCUUUCAAGCACGCUUGCUCAAAGAAGGUAAUAAAGCAGACAAACAAACUGAAGAAAAGGUAGAACACAACAGCAGAAGAGGCGCAAGAGGGAUGCCGACACUCAUGUGCAUGUGUUACCUUUUUCUAGAUUUUUAAACGAGUGAGAUUAAAAAACCAACGUAAUCGUAAUACUAAGUGUGCACACGUGGAAUGAAGAAUUCGGAGAGUCGGAGCGAUUGGAAGGCAUCUGUCAAGUGGAGUGUUACAUAGCACCCUUAACUUGGCAUGGCGUGAAGAAUUGAAUGUGUGAGGUGACAUUUGUUAGACAAAAUGGAAGCUAAGCAGACAGACACGCAGCUGCUUCGUGUCGUGGAGUAGUAGCGAGGUGUUAUACUUAGAAAACACAACAAAUCGAAAUACUAUGUUUAAUGGUCAAGAUCUCAUCGUUAGAGCAGAUCACGUUUAGAGCAUGGGCAAACAACGCUAGCAUCGCUGGAGGUUGGUUUUGAGUUUUCCCUGUCAUCGAAGCAAUAAUCUCCUUCCCAAUCUCCCAUAUUUGUCCCUCAGCAGCCACUUUAUCCGAGGGGGAGGUAAGGUAAGGCGAGAGAAUGGCAUUGUUAUUCACACAGAGCAAGUGGACAGCAAGUCGGGUCGUGGCGUUUGUACAUAGGAGAUAGGAGUUAGCACCGGGUUUAGGGCUUUCGUUUCCUGUGCCGAUUUUCUUAGUGCUUCACCUACGACUACGAAUUAGUUGAUGCUGAAGGAAAAAAAACGAGAGUUCUCUCCGUUAUCUUCAAUAUAGUUUAAUACACUUUAGACGAUUUAAAAAAAAGUAAGUAAUUUUAUUAGUACACCAAUUGUUACCACUCGCAACCCACAGAACACACAGGAGUAACAACGAAUUGUUAAGCCCGGUUUAACCAAAGAGCUUUCCGUUUUGCUGAAACCCGACUGUAGACAUCCUUCGGCAAGGAGUAGAAAUAAAGCGUAGGCUAAACAUUAUUUAAUCGUAAGUUCGUUAACGUUUCGUACAAAAAGGUUUGUUCAUACUGUAGCGAGAAACAAAAAUCCGGACGACGACGAGGGAAGAAGCAGAAGAUAAGAUGAGACAGAAAACAGAAAAACCAAAACACCAGGAUUGCGGAUUGGUAAACACAGGUAACAUACACACACAUGAAAAAAAAAAACGCUACUAAGGAUAGAGAAUCGAACCCGGUAGUAGUAAACGGAAUAUGUCAAAGUUAAGUAUGCAAUAAGACACGUUCGCUUAACGCCUCACAAUCGUUGAAGCGGGUGUAGUGUGCGCGUUUGAGUGUGCAAAUCUAGUAAGAGAAAGAAAGAAAAGAAAAACAGGGAUCUUUCCUUAGCAAAUUGUUCAAGCAUUCCUUUAACACUUGUUUGUAAGCAGAGAGAGAAACAAAGUUUAGAGCACGUGGGGAUGGGAAAACCAAACGGUCAAGAAGUGUGUGUGUGUGUGUGUGUUGAGCGAAGCGAUCACAGUUGGAUUGAAUGCGUCCUUCCAAUGCGUUUACUAACCAGCCUACUACUACUACUACUAUAACUAUUACUACUGCGACUACUACCACCGCGAUCACCAAUUAUUGCUAUCCCUCCAAUUACUUAGUCGAUCAGGCAUUAGGAAAGGAUCAAGUUGCGUUACGAUCAGCCCCUAUAGUUUUGGAUAUUAUACUACACGGGUCGCGAACCUAAAUCUGCUCCCCCAAGCCCUCCCUUUCCCCCCCCCCCCCCCCCAUCUCAUUCACCCAUUAACCAGUCUGUACUGUCAUGGUUUUGGCAUAUAUGUUUCCACAAGGCCUACACACACAAUUAAGCAGCAGCAGCAGCAGGGAUCCGAGUUCGCUAGAAGGAAAACUAAAACCGUUUCUCCUAAUUCCGCGAUAAAAUUAUUAUGGCUACAUGCGCUACACGCUCAAGCACUGAACCGACCAUAAUAUACCGGUCAGCUCUCUUAGUGUAGUGUCAGUGGUUGUCAGCGCAGCGAACGCGCGCGUUGUUAGAUUAGCGAGAACAGAAGAAAUUACACCGAACGCAGCUCUCCGAUGAGAUCGAAACCCCCAGGUUGUUGAAUGGUAAAGGCACUGCCCGUCCCGAGUGAUGGCAAAGCAGCAAAAACAGAAAAUGACAUGCCAGACAAACAAUAACUCGCUCAACGAAACCAAAGCAAGCACGAGGAGAACGCGAACGAGUCGAUGCGUUUUAAACGAUCUCGAAGCUCCCGGUUUUUGGCAGAUAAAACUCAAUUUUAAGCUACACACCCCCUUCUCCUGUUCGGUCAUUCGGCAGCAUCUGAGCAGGACGAACCGAGCUAAAUGUUGGAUUCGUUUUAAGCAAUCUCCAAGCCGUGUGGAGGUGGAUGUGUUUUAAGCUGUUUAAUCAUGUACCAGCAACCAGCUCUCAACCUAUAAUCGGACGUUUGAAAAUAAAAAAACCACUAUGUACUACACCAUUUGACAGCAUCGUUUUAAAAACAAACCCCAUCUUCUCACUGUUUGAAAUGUCACCGUUAAUAGGCUGUUGCCGAUCUGUGCCGACCGGCCUUUGCUUGUUGUAGAACAGUUGGACAAACUGUUCCACUACCGAUGAUUAGUCUAGUUGAUGGGAAAUUCGGAAAAUUGUGACAGUUUUUUGUGGUUGUGUCGGGUGCUUUUCACAGUAAUUCUGGCACGCCUGUGACGGCAUUAGGCUCCGCGAUAUGUAUUCCAAUAUACUGCUUCAGGUCGUAGACUAGUGUUCACAAAGAAAAAAAAAAAACACACGCAGACACACAGAGACACAAAAAUUGGUCGUGAUUACUCCGUUCACGUUUAGUAUAUACAUACCCAUAUAUAUAUACAUAAUAUUAGCCGGUUAAUAGAAUUGCUCAGCUCAGAUCGGUGGAUUGGAAAACAAGUGUUUAUUUGUUUAUUUAUUUUUUGGAUGAACGUAAUUGGGGGCGACUUUAUUAAGCAAAGCAAACAAUCUCGAUGGAUCGACACAACAAAUCGUCGAAAUUUAAUCUCAUUGGCUAUUGAUACUUGUAAACGAAAAAUAUUUCAGUAGUAGCGCGGCUAAACUUAGUGCUAAAGCAAUCAAACAGAUGCUUCAUUUUUCUACACACUGUUCUGAUGUUUAUUUUAUUCUUGUUUUCUGUUACCAUUUGUUUAAGUUCGUGUCUUGAAUUGGUUUCGAUUAUUUUGUUUAUUUUUUCGUUUGUUUUGUUUUUUAUCUAACUUUCUUCCUGUAUACUUGUAGUUACAAGUUUUGUAUAAUUUCUCUCAUUUUCCUAUUUAGUUUAGAAAAUUUUUAUAUUAAAUUUUAAGUUAAACUACAUACAAUUUUUAUUUCAUACACCAGCAGUCGCAAAUGCUGUAGAUUCUUGUACUUAGGUAUCGUCGCUUGAUUGGUGAAGCGAUGAUGAGUAGCAAGAGUAUAGAAAACCAAGUUAAGCAAAACUAUGUACAAGAGUAAUGUGAAGGCAUGCAAAACAAAAUCACAAAAGAACAAAUUAACAAAUGCAAAAAAAAAACAAACAAGCAAAUCCAACAAAGCGACACAUGUACACGUUGUAGACGCUUCCGUAUAUUCAAUUACAAAUGGGAAUAAAAACUACAAAACGGUGUGUAGCAUUGCAGCAGCAGCUGCCGCAACAGCAGCAGUAGACAUGUACCAUGUAAUUCAAAAUCUA